UUCCGCGUUCGGGCUGCCAAGGUCGCGGAAGGUUCGCUUCCAGUGCAUCCAGUUGGAGCAUAAGUGGCAGCGCAGUCAAAGCCGUCGCAGACAAAAUUACAAGGGCGUGGCAUAAUGCAAGGCAAAACUGGUCUUGAGGGACUGGCGAUGGAGCAUCAAGUGCAGUUGUCUUUCGUCCCAGGUGCUGGUGUGAUGGAACCAGAUAAUAUGCAAUAUGGUAGGAAGAGGUUUGAAAUAUAUGCAUAUCCCAAAUGGCGGUUCAUCGUUCAAGGCUCGAAGAACAACGACCUAUUUAUUGUGACGAAAGAUUUUCCACCAUGCCUCAUUGUUCAAGGAUGCUUCGGCCUCGCAAGUUCGUCGUUCACUGCUUUAUUGUGUCAAAUGGAUGGCACUACCACGAUGAGCUUCCAACGCCUUCUGAGACUUCAAAGCGGCGUCAAGGGAUGUUUCUGCUGUUGCCUCGGACAGGAGAUGACAAUCGAAGCUCCUAUAGGAAGAGAAAUAGCGUCUAUUUCCGAGGAUUGGACCAUACUGGGUACCUCUCUCACAAUCUAUGACGUCAAGGGAAAACCUGUAUUAAAGGUUGUUGGCCCCAUCCUCCCGUCGUACUGGUACGGCAUAUUCUCUACGGAAGUGUUCCAGGUGAAAACAAUGGCAGGCACUGUAGUGGGCGAGAUAAGGUCAUCAGGAAAGGUCAUCAGCGUCUCCUUCCCCAUUAACUUGGACGUCCACAUCAAAGGAUGUCUAAUCGGUUGCGCCAUUUUGGUCGCUUUCAUGUUUGACUUCAGAGGUUUCGCCUAUAACACCAUCCAAGUCCUCCGAAUGUACGCAAGUGGUCGUUGAAUGCAACGGCUCGGCAUGUGACGAUGUGACGGAUAGGCGCCUGUUUUAUACAUGGCUGGGCGAUUCCAGCCGCUCACUCCCUAUGAUUACAGCGUUCUCGGAGGCAAACAAUAUACUGAGUGCGACAUGAUCAUCGAUGUAUCUUAUGCGACAAGUGCAUAAAAGGCUCCGUAAAAGUGCUACGUAAUA